AUGAGUGAGGUGACAGAAGUUGAGGGGGAAAAGAAUGUCCAAGAUACUGCUAGUGCAGAUGAUAAGAAGGAUAUGUUCAUGCAGAUAAUACAAAUGACUUUUACGUCUCACGAGGCUGCGUAUGAUUUCUACAACAGCUAUGCUAGAGAUAAUGGUUUCAGCAUUAGAAAGAAUAGGCUCAGACAAGGAAAACGUGACAGCAGGUUGCUAACCGAGGAAGGACACAGCCGUAGGCUCAGAUCCGAGACACGCUGCCACUGCGAAGCGCACCUGACCGUGAAGCUUGACCAAAAGCGUGGGGUUUUGUAUGUUGAUAGUUUUGAGCACAAGCAUAGCCAUAUCUUGGCAGGACCGGACGAGGUACCUUUUCUUUGGUCCCACAGAAAAAUCAAAGAGUACCAGAGAGCUGAGAUACUGUCCAUGGGAGCUGCAGGGAUUAGAAUUCACAACAUGAUGGAUACCUUCAUCAGCAAACAUGUAUGGUAUGGCGGUGUUGGUUUUACCAGGCGUGAAAUAUACAACCUUUGCGCGAGGGAGAAGAGGAAGAUGCUUUCAAAAGGUGAUGCUGCCACAGUCAUAGGCAUCAUGGUCAGUAGGAAACAGAGGGAUCCUAGCUUCUUUUUCAAGUACAAGCUAGACAAGGAAGGACAUAUGAAUAGGAUGUUCUGGUGUGACUCCCAGUCUCGUCAUGACUAUGAGGACUUCGGCGACGUGCUUGUAUUUGACAGCACGUACAAGAUGAACCGGUAUGACGGUGAAAUGACCCUGGUGGAUAUGAUUUUGCACUAUGAGAACGCCGUUGUACGUAUCCGUGAGAAUGAGGCACGAGAUGAUUGCACGGCCUAA